AUGGCAGUUUCUUCCCAUGUUCGAUCUAACAGCUUCCCUUCUAGGCAACACCCUCAAGCUGCUCAUGUCGAUGAGCAACUGACCCGAUUGAGAUCUUCUGAAGCAGCUACAAGCUCUUCUAUAUGCCAAAGACUUAGUAACCUUCAAGAUUUACAUGAAUCUCUAGAGAAGCUUCUUCGCUUGCCCGUCAAACAACAUGCUCUUUCUCAAGAGCAUAUUGAGAGGCUUCUUGAUGGAUCCAUCAAGAUCUUAGAUUUAUGCAACAUCGCCAGGAAUGGUUUGUCGCAGAUGAAAGAGAGUCUCAAGGAGGUCCAAUCAGUUCUACGAAGAAAGCGUGGAGAUCUAUCAACUGAAGUCAAGAAAUACUUGGCCUCAAGAAAGUUUCUUAAGAAGUCAUUCCAAAAAGUACUCAAGAAUUUGAAAACCGGCCAAAGCAACGAAGAGUCUUUGGCUGUCUUCGGAGAAGCAGAAGCCAUAACAAUUGCUUUGUUUGAAUCUCUAUUUACCUUCAUGUCUGGAUCAAAGGGUUGUGGAAAAUGGUUAGUAGUCUCAAAGAUGAUGAGCCAAAACAAAGCUACAUGUGAAGCUGAAGCAAAUGAAUUCACAAGAGUGGACCUGGAGUUCCAAUCCGAGAAGUCAUUGAAGGUGGAGGAUGUGCAGAUCCUAGAGUCAUGCAUUGAAGAUCUUGAAGAUGGAAUUGAGUCACUCUCUAAAUCAUUGAUCAAAUACAGAGUCUCAAUUCUUAACAUCUAA